AUGGUUGAUGGGGAUCCCAUCACACUCCUGCAGGCCUGGACACAUGAAGGUCCCCCCCAUCCUCAUCCUCCUCCUCCUCAGCCACGCAGAGGACUGGGGAGCCCUGAUGACAUCGGGGACCCCUGUGUGGUCCUGUGUGGCACUGGGUGUGUGUCCCAGGUGUGUGACAAGUGUGUGUCCCCAGGUGGGGUCCUGUACCCCUUCGGACCAGGGGUGGGGGAUGAGGCCACCCACCACGAGGACGACGGGACAAGCCCUGAGAUCUUCCUGCAGGAAAACUUCUCCUUCUUUGGGCAUGCCCACCGCUCGCUCUAUGUGAACAACAACGGUGUGGUGUCCUUUGGGACAAUGGUCCCGGAGUUCACUCCCCAGCCCUUCCCACUGCCAGGCCACCGCCCCUUUGUGGCACCGUACUGGGCUGAUGUGGACACUCGCCUGGGAGGGGACGUCUUCUACCGCCAGAGCCGGGACCCCCAACUGCUGGCACGCCUGGCCCAGGACCUGGCACCUGCUGUGCCACCUGGAGACCCGUCCCCACAGCCUACCUGGGCAUUCGUGGCCACCUGGGACCGUGUGGCCUAUUUCGGGGCUGCCUCAGACAAGGUGAACACCUUCCAGGCUGUGCUAGCCUCCGACGGUGUUACUUGCUUUGUCCUGCUCAACUACGGGGACUUGCAGUGGACGACUGGCAUUGCUAACCAGGGAGAUCCCCACACUGGCCUGGGGGGCAUCCCUGCACAGGCUGGCUUCAACAGUGGGGAUGAUGUCCACUACUACAAUGUGCCAGGGUCACGCACACGCGCAGUGCAGAGCCUCAGCCACCGCAGCAACAUAGGGGUCCCGGGGCGCUGGGCUUUCCGUGUUGACCACUUCGAGGCCACUGAGGGACCCCCCGAGACCCCUGGCACCCUGCCAAAGACCUCUGAGGACCCCUGGAGUCCCUUGGCAUCCCACAAGACCCCCCCAGUAUCCCCCAACCCCCCCAGGACCACAGAGGACCAGGUGUAUGUCUGCAGGUCCUGA